UUACAGAUACUGGAAGGAUGCCGAACUGGGGUGGAGGGAAGAAGUGCGGUGUGUGCCAGAAGGCAGUGUACUUUGCUGAGGAGGUGCAGUGCGAAGGCAACAGCUUCCACAAGUCCUGCUUCUUGUGCAUGGUCUGUAAGAAGAACUUGGACAGCACCACUGUUGCUGUGCAUGGAGAAGAGAUCUACUGCAAGUCUUGUUAUGGCAAGAAGUACGGUCCCAAGGGCUAUGGAUACGGACAGGGAGCUGGGACCCUGAGCACUGACAAGGGCGAGUCUCUGGGAAUCAAAUAUGAAGAGGGCCAGCCCCACCGACCCACCAACAAUCCUAACUUCUCUGGAAUGGCCCAGAAAGUAGGAGGUUCUGAUGGGUGCCCUCGCUGUGGCCAAGCGGUGUAUGCAGCUGAGAAGGUGAUUGGAGCUGGAAAGUCCUGGCACAAGUCCUGCUUCCGUUGUGCCAAGUGUGGCAAAAGCCUGGAAUCCACCACCCUGGCAGACAAAGACGGGGAGAUCUAUUGCAAAGGCUGCUACGCCAAGAACUUUGGGCCCAAGGGCUUUGGCUUUGGGCAGGGAGCCGGGGCGCUCAUCCAUUCGCAGUGAGGCACCCAGGGCCUGGCACUCUGCUCACACUGGGCUUGUCUGGACCAGUCUUUGCUACCUGAUCCUUCCCGCACUCGCAGUGAGCACCCUUAUUGUAAUCAAUAACCGCCUGCUACUUCACAGCACAAACUCCUUCUUCUCUGACCUGACCCAGCGCUCUCUGAAGCCGUGGGGGUCCUUCCAUCGGUCUCAUCAGGCCCUGCUGAUACAAAUAUAGACGGGGGACACAGCUCACACACACAUACACACAAUGAGGCCCAUCCUCUGGAAAUGUUCUGCUCCAUGUUAUCCGUGAAGGCGCCUCAUCCUGCCAGGAUGCGCAUCCAGCCAUGCAGUGCUGUGUCACAGAGCAAGUAAUAAACAUCAAAGUUGACCAAAG